AUGCAGCAGAGCAGUCCGGCGCCGGAGAAUCUUUGGAGUGCGGCCUGGAGAGGCUUUGAAGCCGCUUCCACUGUGCCGAGUGACAGCGGCAGACCUGGCACACAAUCCCUCAGGGACAAGCUGCUCGGCAGGCGCAGUCUCAACUCAAGCCCAGUCAGGAGGCGGCAGGAGCAGAAGCAGGCACCAAGCGCUCACCAGGCAGAUGCAUCCUUGCAGCGGCCGCGGCUGUCGCUGCAGGGCAUUGCUCCAGCGGCCAGGCUGGAGCUGCUCUCUUGCUCGCUGGCAGCGCUGGAAAAUCAGAUCCUUGCUCUACCUGACAGCGUCAGCAGGGCGUCCAAGAAACGUGUGCUGGGAGAGGUUGGGAGCGCAGACGCCUCCAGGGAGCUGACAUCAGCGGCAAGGGCCUCGCCAGCUCAGCAGCUUCAAAACGGAGGCGGGUGGGGCGCAGACAGCGGUAGCACGAGGUCGGCUGUGGGGCUGCAGAGUGAUGAGAAGGCUGCCAUCCAUGCUGCCAUCGUCAGCUUCCUGCGCUUCCCACCAUCAGCAGAUGGGGCUGAGACACUUCACAGUAGCCAGGAAGGAGACUUGGGGAGCAGUGAGGGCAAUGUGGCGGACAGAAAGGCGUCAAAUGAUGCUGCAAGCACGAGUGCUGUUUCUGCUGGCAGCAGGAGGGAGCAAGCACUGGCCAUGCUUAUGGACAGAAGGGAAAAAGGCUCAGGGGCUUCGACUGGCAGCAGAGCAGCAAAGGAUGCGCCCACGUCAUCAGGAGCAGUGACGCCAGCGCUGCUCAGGCGAGGGGCCGCCAUCAUACAAGACAUGGCUGUAAUCAUCGCUGAGACAGUCGCCGAGUCCUACCUGGCAGAUGCAGGCCUCGCCAGAGGAGGCACACCAGGAAGGGCGGGGUCGCGCGUGGGCAGCUGGCCACUGCACCUGCACCGCCGAAUCUCUUCCACCCGCUCCCUCGAACGCUUCCGCAACCAGGUGGCGCUGCAGCAGUGGCUGGAGCGCAAUUUUGGGUCCGUAACGGCGAUGUACGAGGACAGGCACGAGCUGUGGGGGUGGGACCACCGCGGGCGCCUCUUCAGGCGCAUGCUGCCCGCCAGGCGCGCACAGGAAGUGGAGCGGCUGAAGGGGCUGCGAUACGCGCACAGCCUGGGGCUUGAGGCAAUGGACGUGGCAGCGCCUCUGCUGCAGCGGCUGCUGGGGCGGUUAGGUGAUGCGGUGUCAUGGUUACUCGUGCGCCUGAUCGGGCGCUCCCUGGGGCUGAUCUACCGCGGCGUGCGCGAGAGCCUGUCCCCCCGGGGCAGGAACGCCGGCGGAGACAAGUCCCCCUCGCCGCAGCUGGACGGUGUCUGA